AUGGCGGGGGAAUUCAAGUUCCGACAUGGCAUAGCAGCCACACAAAUCCCAAUCUUCUCCGUCUUCUUAUUCUUUGGUACCCUCUUUUACUUCCAAAAGAAGAAUGGUUGGUUCAGUAUUGCCUUGUUUUCCAUCAUUCGUCUUAUCGGAGCGAGUUGCAUGUUGGCGACUCUGACCAAUGGUUCGUACGGGGUGUGGGCUGCUGUUUAUGUAUGCGAGUCACUUGGUCUGGUCCUCUUGACUUUCUUGCUGCUCAAUAUGUUACAGCGAGCGAACACAUUCGUCCAGGUCCUCACGCCGUGGCAUUUCCGCGUCCCUGAGCUCAUCUGCUGGGCAGGCAUGGGCCUCUCAAUAGCCGACUACGCCACCGCAAGCCAACGAGAAGACGCAGCGAAGCCUGGGGGUCUCGCCCAAGCCAGCAUGGGGCUCUUUGUGGCCCUAUACGCCUGGUCACUUUUACUCGCCUUUUAUCUAGUUCAAAGGUGGUCGUCAAUCCCCGAAGAUGAACGCCGAGGGAUGUGGAGCUUUGGGGCUUGUGUUCCAUUCAUGAUUGUUCGGACUACUUACAGUGUGGCUUUCACUGCAACGGGCGAUAAAAAGUUUAGUGCUGUGGUUGGAAGUCCUUUCAUGUACCUUUUCAUGUCACUGUUGAUGGAGACAGCUAUCCUUGGUAUUGUGACAUGGGCUAUCUACACGAUGCCUCGGGAUGCAAAAGCUCCGAGAGCUUCUGUGGAAGGCGGAUCAUAUAGAAUGAUGGACAUGCGUGAUGAGAGAUGA